GGUGACGGAGGCGGGAGGUACCCGCCCCUGUGGACGGCGGCGUUGGCGGAGAGUUCCCGCCCCUGGGGAGGUUGGCGGUGGCGGAGGGAAAGGCAGGCGACCCGCGGUAAACGAGGCACAGAAGACAUACUCUUGAAAGACAAAGGUGCCUAUGAAACUAUGGAUGGUAGAAUAACUUCACUUGAUAUUGAAGAGUACCCCAAUACUGAGGUACAGAAAAACCAAGUACUAACUCUGGAAGAAUGGCAAGACAAGUGGGUUAACCGCAACACCGCUUUUCAUCAGGAACAAGGACAUCAGCUACUAAAGAAGCAUUUAGAUACUUUUCUUAAAGGCGAGAGUGGACUAAGAGUAUUUUUUCCUCUCUGCGGAAAAGCAGUUGAGAUGAAAUGGUUUGCAGACCGGGGACACAGUGUAAUUGGUGUGGAAAUCAGUGAACUUGGGAUACGAGAAUUUUUUACAGAGCAGAAUCUUUCUUACUCAGAAGAACCAAUCACCGAAAUUCCUGGAGCCAAAGUAUUUAAGAGUUCUUCGGGGAACAUUUCAUUGUACUGUUGCAGCAUUUUUGAUCUUCCCAGGACAAAUAUUGGCAAAUUUGACAGGAUUUGGGAUAGAGGAGCAUUAGUUGCCAUUAAUCCAGGUGAUCGCAAAUGCUAUGCAGAUAUAAUGUCAUCCCUCCUGGGAAAGAAGUUUCAGUAUCUCGUGUGUGUUCUUUCUUAUGAUCCAACUAAACAUCCAGGUCCACCAUUUUAUGUCCCACAAGCUGAAAUUGAAAGGUUGUUUGGUAAAAUAUGCAAUAUACAUUGUCUUGAGAAGGUUGAUGCUUUUGAAGAACGACAUAAAAGUUGGGGAAUUGACUAUCUUUUUGAAAAGUUAUAUCUACUUACAGAAAAGUAAAUGAGACAUAAAUAAAAUUAAAUUACAUGGACGUGUUUUUGAGGAAUUGAAAAUUAUGCUAAGGCCUGAAAAUGUGAUGGAUACAUUUUUUAAAUUGUUUAUAAAUCAUAUGAUAGAUUUUUACUAAAAAUGGCAUACAACUUUUAAGAAGAAAAAGAUGUAAAUUAAAGUAGCUCAUUUGAUGAGUAGAUUAUGAUGUGAAAGAUUAUAGCUGUGUGUCCUAAAGAUUGCAAGAUUUUUUUUGGCAAUCAGCAUGUGUUACCUGUACAAUUUUAAAAAAAUUUAAUGCAAUGCAUGUUAAAUAUAGUACACA